AUGGAUGAGCAAAGCCGACAUUACAACAGGAGGAUAGGGCAGCAACGAAAUUUUGGCAAAAUGUCGGAAAAGAAUCCCUUAAAGAGUAAUGAAUGCACGGGUUAUGACACAGCAGCUGAUUUUUGUGAGGAUCAUGGUGGUAAACUUCCGUCAAUACUCAGCAAAGAGGAGAACAAUAUACUGUCUUGCAUCUCAACUUAUGGUUUUUGGAGCGGCCACGAAAAAGUUAAUGGGAGUUGGAGGUGGUUGGAUGGGAACAAAUCCAACCUAACGUUCUGGAAAAGUGGUCAUCCUGGCAUCAACGGAAGACAUAUCAAGGUGAACAAAGAUGGCGAGUGGGUAUCAGUCAGUGAUGGGGAGUGUGCGGAAGCCAUUUGCAUUAUUAGAGCAGAAGACGAAGGCGAAAGGCGAUGCGCAGAUCCUAAAGGCCCAUCUAACGAGAGGCGUGCUACAGCACUUUUGAAAUCCAGCAAGCACACGAAUUACGAGACGAAAGCAACUGCUUCAUUGAAUGCUGCUGUGCACCCGCAACCCUUUCUAAGUGUGGAACAUUCAAAAAGAUGUCUACCAUCGUUCAGUGGGGAAACAGACGCUACGAGAAGUAUAGCAGUUGCUGAACGUUAUGGCAGAUGGCACUACUGCUUGUUUGACGUCAAAGUCAAAGGUAGAAAAGCUGCUUCGUUGGAGGAGUCACGAAAAUACUGUUACCAUACUUUCCACGGCCGAUUUCUGUCAAUAGGUUCGGUCAGGGAAUUUAUCUUCUUGCACGGAGUACUUUAUAAGGAGUUGGAGGAUAGAAGACCUAAUGUUGUCAUAGCACCAGUAGAAAGAAACUUUCUGAGGCACUUAGCUGAUGCCAAUUUGAAGAAAACGUCGGUUGAAAAGAAGGGAAAUUGGUGGUCUGCAGACAAAUAUUGCAGAACAUGGCACCGGGGUCUGUUAGGCACUUUUUACAAAGUUUCCGAUUCUGCAAGAGUAUUGAGGACAGAUAAUAAAGAAUAUUAUUAUUUGGGAGCCUCAUUUAAUUAUUCCGCAAAUGAUUACUACUUUGACGAUGGACGGCAUUUGCUGACAAGUGGUUUGGACAGUGCAAACAACCAAAGUUGUCUCGCACAACUGAAAGAUUCUGUUGUUUUUGUGGAUUGCCAAAUUCUCUUCACGAACGAAAAAAGUAUUGAAAGGUUUGCUUGCAAAAAAUACUUCGAUACAGAAGAGGAUUACGGAGGACAGAUUGAAGAGCUAUUAAGUUUCGAAGAUUCUGAACGUCACUGUGAAACAAUAGAGAGCACGCUGGCAUCAUUCUCAUCAGAACAGGAGUUUAAAAUGAUACAGGAGAAAUACGCGUCAAAAAAGUACUGGAUAGGUCUGAAACAGAUAAACGAAAAUUGGGAGUGGAUGGAUACAACUGCUGUUGACUACACCGUCUGGAAAAAGUACAAUUUGACAGACGAGGAGUUUAGUGUUCAGAAAUGUAUGUUCGUCGAUGGAACCGGCAGCUGGGGUCGUGAGAACUGUGAUUUUCAUACGGAAGUUUCAUGGAUCGUUGCUCAAAAAAUGUGUGCUGAAUACGGUUCAAAUUUAGCAUGGAUUACAUCUAAUGACGAACAAGCAUUUUUGGAGGAAUUUACUGAUUUAAAACCGUUUUGGCUUUCCCUUGUAUUUAACACCGACAAAUGGAUAUUGCCUAUCGCUGAGAGCCCAGACUUUGUAAACUGGAAACCUGGUGAAUUGGACAAGUGCUGUUCAGAUGAGCAAAUAUCUGCUGCAUAUAAUGCACCGGAAGGUUGGCGUCACGCUCCACCUUUUUUUAAAGCUGCUGCAGUCUGCAAAUAUGAAAGUGAGUUUUAA